AUGUCAUUGUCUACAGAUGCAACGCCAAUUAACUGUUUUCUGCAGUGCUUCUUUCUUUCUUUCUUUCUUUCUUUUUUUCUUUCUUUCUUUCUUUCUUUUUCUUCCUGUCUUACUUUCGUUCUUUCUGUCUUUUUCUUCCUUGCUGUCUUUCUCUCUUUCUUUCUUUUUCUUCCAGCCUUUCUUUCUUUUUCUUCCUGUCUUACUUUCGUUCUUUCUGUCUUUUUCUUCCUUGCUGUCUUUCUCUCUUUCUUUUUCUUCCAGCCUGUCUUUCUUCUUCUUCCUGUCUUACUUUCGUUCUUUCUGUCUUUUUCUUCCUUGCUGUCUUUCUCUCUUUCUUUCUUUUCUUCCAGCCUUUCUUUUUUUUCUUCCUCCUGUCUUACUUUCGUUCUUUCUGUCUUUUUUCUUCCUUGCUGUCUCUCUUUCUUUCUUUUUUCUUCCAGCCUUUCUUUCUUUUUUUUUCUUCCUGUCUUACUUUCGUUCUUUCUGUCUUUUUCUUCCUUGCUGUCUCUCUUUCUUUCUUUUUCUUCCAGCCUGUCUUUCUUCUUCUUCCUGUCUUACUUUCGUUCUUUCUGUCUUUUUCUUCCUUGCUGUCUCUCUUUCUUUCUUUUUCUUCCAGCCUUUCUUUCUUUUUCUUCCUGUCUUACUUUCGUUCUUUCUGUCUUUUUCUUCCUUGCUGUCUUUCUGUCUUUCUUUCUUUUUCUUCCAGCCUGUCUUUCUUCUUCUUCCUGUCUUACUUUCGUUCUUUUUCUGUCUUUUCUUCCUUGCUGUCUCUCUUUCUUUCUUUUUCCCAGCCUGUCUUUCUUCUUCUUCCUGUCUUACUUUCGUUCUUUCUGUCUUUUUCUUCCUUGCUGUCUCUCUUUCUUUCUUUUUCUUCCAGCCUUUCUUUCUUUUUCUUCCUGUCUUACUUUCGUUCUUUCUGCCUUUUUUCUUCCUUGCUGUCUUUCUCUCUUUCUUUCUUUUUCUUCCAGUCUUUCUUUCUUUUUCUUCCUGUUUUACUUUCGUUCUUUCUGUCUUUUUCUUCCUUGCUGUCUCUCUUUCUUUCUUUUUCUUCCAGCCUUUCUUUCUUUUUCUUCCUGUCUUACUUUCGUUCUUUCUGUCUUUUUCUUCCUUGCUGUCAUUCUCUCUUUCUUUCUUUUUCCUCCAGCCUUUCUUUCUUUUUCUUCCUGUCUUACUUUCGUUCUUUCUGUCUUUUUCUUCCUUGCUGUCUUUCUCUAUUUCUUUCUUUUUCCUCCUGCCUUUCUUUCUUUUUCUUCCUGUCUUACUUUCGUUCUUUCUGUCUUUUUCUUCCUUGCUGUCUUUCUCUCUUUCUUUCUUUUUCUUCCAGCCUUUCUUUCUUUUUCUUCCUGUCUUACUUUCGUUCUUUCUGUCUUUUUCUUCCUGGCUGUCUUUCUCUCUUUCUUUCUUUUUCUUCCAGCCUUUCUUUCUUUUUCUUCCUGUCUUACUUUCGUUCUUUCUGUCUUUUUCUUCCUUGCUGUCUCUCUUUCUUUCUUUUUCUUCCAGCCUUUCUUUCUUUUUCUUCCUGUCUUACUUUCGUUCUUUCUGUCUUUUUCUUCCUUGCUGUCUUUCUGUCUUUCUUUCUUUUUCUUCCAGCCUUUCUUUCUUUUUCUUCCUGUCUUACUUUCGUUCUUUCUGUCUUUUUCUUCCUUGCUGUCUUUCUGUCUUUCUUUCUUUUUCUUCCAGCCUGUCUUUCUUCUUCUUCCUGUCUUACUUUCGUUCUUUCUGUCUUUUUCUUCCUUGCUGUCUCUCUUUCUUUCUUUUUCUCCCAGCCUGUCUUUCUUCUUCUUCCUGUCUUACUUUCGUUCUUUCUGUCUUUUUCUUCCUUGCUGUCUUUCUCUCUUUCUUUCUUUUUCUUCCACCCUGUCUUUCUUUUUCUUCCUGUCUUACUUACGUUCUUUCUGUCUUUUUCUUCCUUGCUGUCUCUCUUUCUUUCUUUUUCUUCCAGCCUGUCUUUCUUCUUCUUCCUGUCUUACUUUCGUUCUUUCUGUCUUUUUCUUCCUUGCUGUCUUUCUCUCUUUCUUUCUUUUUCCUCCAGCCAUUCUUUCUUUUUCUUCCUGUCUUACUUUCGUUCUUUCUGUCUUUUUCUUCCUUGCUGUCUUUCUCUCUUUCUUUCUUUUUCUUCCAGCCUUUCUUUCUUUUUCUUCCUGUCUUACUUUCGGUCUUUCUGUCUUUUUCUUCCUUGCUGUCUUUCUCUCUUUCUUUCUUUUUCUUCCAGCCUUUCUUUCUUUUUCUUCCUGUCUUACUUUCGUUCUUUCUGUCUUUUUCUUCCUUGCUGUCUUUCUCUCUUUCUUUCUUUUUCCUCCUGCCUUUCUUUCUUUUUCUUCCUGCCUUACUUUCGUUCUUUCUGUCUUUUUCUUCCUUGCUGUCAUUCUCUCUUUCUUUCUUUUUCCUCCAGCCUUUCUUUCUUUUUCUUCCUGUCUUACUUUCGUUCUUUCUGUCUUUUUCUUCCUUGCUGUCUUUCUCUAUUUCUUUUCUUUUUUUCCUCCUGCCUUUCUUUCUUUUUCUUCCUGUCUUAAUUUCGUUCUUUCUUUUUUCUUCCUUGCUGUCAUUCUCUCUUUCUUUCUUUUUCCUCCAGCCUUUCUUUCUUUUCUUCCUGUCUUACUUUUCGUUCUUUCUGUCUUUUUCUUCCUUGCUGUCUUUCUCUCUUUCUUUCUUUUUCCUCCAGCCUUUCUUUCUUUUUCUUCCUGCCUUACUUUCGUUCUUUCUGUCUUUUUCUUCCUUGCUGUCUUUCUCUCUUACCUUUCUUUCUUUUUCUUCCUGUCUUACUUUCGUUCUUUCUGUCUUUUUUCUUCCUUGCUGUCUUUCUCUAUUUCUUUCUUUUUCCUCCUGCCUUUCUUUCUUUUUCUUCCUGUCUUACUUUCGUUCUUUCUGUCUUUUUCUUCCUUGCUGUCUUUCUCACUUUCUUUCUUUUUCCUCCAGCCUUUCUUUCUUUUUCUUCCUGUCUUACUUUCGUUCUUUCUGUCUUUUUCUUCCUUGCUGUCUUUCUCUAUUUCUUUCUUUUUCCUCCUGCCUUUCUUUCUUUUUCUUCCUGUCUUACUUUCGUUCUUUCUGUCUUUUUCUUCCUUGCUGUCUUUCUCUCUUUCUUUCUUUUUCUUCCAGCAUUUCUUUCUUUUUCUUCCUGUCUUACUUUCGUUCUUUCUGUCUUUUUCUUCCUUGCUGUCUUUCUCUCUUUCUUUCUUUUUCCUCCAGCCUUUCUUUCUUUUUCUUCCUGCCUUACUUUCGUUCUUUCUGUCUUUUUCUUCCUUGCUGUCUUUCUCUCUUAGUUUCUUUUUUCUUCCAGCCUUUCUUUCUUUUUUUCUUCCUGCCUUACUUUCGUUCUUUCUGUCUUUUCUUCCUUGCUGUCUUUCUCACUUUCUUUCUUUUUUCCUCCAGCCUUUCUUUCUUUUUUCUUCCUGUCUUACUUUCGUUCUUUCUGUCUUUUUCUUCCUUGCUGUCUUUCUGUCUUUCUUUCUUUUUUCCUCAGCCUUUCUUUCUUUUUCUUCCUGUCUUACUUUCGUUCUUUCUGUCUUUUUCUUCCUUGCUGUCUUUCUCUCUUUCUUUCUUUUUCCUCCAGCCUUUCUUUCUUUUUCUUCCUGUCUUACUUUCGUUCUUUCUGUCUUUUUCUUCCUUGCUGUCUUUCUCUCUUUCUUUCUUUUUCUUCCAGCCUUUCUUUCUUCUUCUUCCUGUCUUACUUUCGUUCUUUCUGUCUUUUUCUUCCUUGCUGUCUUUCUCUAUUUCUUUCUUUUUCCUCCUGCCUUUCUUUCUUUUUCUUCCUGUCUUACUUUCGUUCUUUCUGUCUUUUUCUUCCUUGCUGUCUUUCUUUCUUUCUUUCUUUUUCUUCCAGCAUUUCUUUCUUUUUCUUCCUGUCUUACUUUCGUUCUUUCUGUCUUUUUCUUCCUUGCUGUCUUUCUCUCUUUCUUUCUUUUUUUCUCCAGCCUUUCUUUCUUUUCUUCCUGCCUUACUUUCGUUCUUUCUGUCUUUUUUCUUCCUUGCUGUCUUUCUCUCUUAGUUUCUUUUUCUUCCAGCCUUUCUUUCUUUUUCUUCCUGCCUUACUUUCGUUCUUUCUGUCUUUUUCUUCCUUGCUGUCUUUCUCACUUUCUUUCUUUUUCCUCCAGCCUUUCUUUCUUUUUCUUCCUGUCUUACUUUCGUUCUUUCUGUCUUUUUCUUCCUUGCUGUCUUUCUGUCUUUCUUUCUUUUUCCUCCAGCCUUUCUUUCUUUUUCUUCCUGUCUUACUUUCGUUCUUUCUGUCUUUUUUCUUCCUUGCUGUCUUUCUCUCUUUCUUUUCUUUUUCCUCCAGCCUUUCUUUCUUUUCUUCCUGUCUUACUUUCGUUCUUUCUGUCUUUUUCUUCCUUGCUGUCUUUCUCUAUUUCUUUCUUUUUCUUCCAGCCUUUCUUUCUUCUUCUUCCUGUCUUACUUUCGUUCUUUCUGUCUUUUUCUUCCUUGCUGUCUUUCUCUCAUUCUUUUCUUCUUCUUUAUUUUCUUUCUUUAUCUUCAUUCCUUUCUUUUUCCUCCUUUCUAUCUGUCUUUCUUUUUUUAUUUUCUUCAUUUUAUUUUCUUCUUUUUUCCUUCCUUUCAUUCUCUCUUUUCCUUCCUUUCUUUUUUUCCUUCCGCAUUAUUGAUUUCCGUAUGUUUCUAUUAAUAUUCAUGUCUUCUUGUUUCUUCUAUAUUUUUAUUUGA